AUGGUUGGAAGGUUCUUCUCCGGGAGGCAUCCCGGCGAUGGGGAGACGAUGAUGCUCUUGUCGGGACCCCCUGGCAGGUAUUUUCUUCACCGUGGCUUUGGUUGCCUCUCAUUUUGGUCGACCUUCGGAUCUGCGUCUCCUUUUAGUCUUCCAAUCGAGGCUUCGCUUGCAGCGGGAAGACCUCUCUCCUCUUCCAGUUUGCAUUCAACUGUGCGCUGGGAAAUCGGGGAGACGUCGUGUUCAUCUGCAACCGGCGCAGAAUGGAGGCUAAGCCUCCGUGCUUAUCCCAGGCCAGGCGCCUCCCCGCUUCAGACCGCUUCCUAUCGUAUACGUCAUCUUAAUGCCAUGUUUUCGUGGAGCCGUCCCUCUUGUUUAUUCAUUAUGCGUAAUAUUUUCGGUCGAUUUGGCAGGGGAUCGAUCCAACCUCUGAUGUUUUCCAACGUAUACGAAUGAAGUAAGAACCUCCCUAUUGCCACCAUUAUCUUCCCCGUUACAUUAAUCGGAUGGAGUGUAUAUGCUAUGAAAAGCGGCCGAUUGAAAUCGGUGAGCCAUAGAGUAUCUUUAUUUCUGUAAAUUCUUCGUAGUGAUGCCGAUCUUGGAUGAUGCAAUUCGAAGAUCUUUUUCCCCCUCUCCUUUAUUUCUUCAAAAGUGAGAAGGAUGCUCAUCCUCGUCCGCAUACGAGUCAUGCAACUCUCGGAAUCUCCCUUUAGUCGAUGUCCUUCUUUAACAAAGAAUGCGGCCAUAUCGCUUUCGUCUUCCUGAUCUGACACAGGUGGGUGUUGCCUCGUGAAUCCUCGUGAAUUGCCACGAUAGAUGAUGAGAUUUGAUCAGCCUAGAUUGAAGUUUGUCUCGAGAAUGUCUUAUAAUUUCUGCUUUCAUCUUUGCUUGAAGCCCACUGGAUGCAGCCUCCAUUCCUAGGCUAAUUUAGGGAAAUUCGGUAGCAGAGAAAUACAUAAACAGAUUUCCCUUGAGAUUUAUACCCAGUUUCAAGAAAAUCAAGGUCCUUGGUCGGAUGACUGGAAUAUACUCUUGAAAUCGGGUUUUUUUCACGCAUAGGGCCUCAUUGUAUCAUCUAGUUUUCUCUCAUGUCCAUUCUCUUUAUGAAUAAAUGAAGGUUUCUCAGAUGGCGUGGUGCAUUUUCUAUGUUUGGUUUAUUUCAGAGAGCACAACCUUCAUAAAAAAUCAUAAAAUGCAAUGGUUUUGUUAGUUUGUAGCCAUCCCUCUGGACGCAAACCUCAUCAUCAUCUCUGCCACUGCACAAUUUUCAGUAGGCUUGAUGUUGGGUCAUAUUAGAUCAUGAUGAUUGUGCAUCCGCGAGAGAAUGGAGACGCCGUGAUCUCGGUUUCCUCUGUAAUUCUGAUAGCUUCGCUCAUAUUUCUUACAUUUUCUCUUUGGCUCUCAGGUACAUCGAAGAUGAUGAAGGAAUCAAACAAUACUUUGCAGCUUUUCAUCUUCUCCAUACUUUUCCGGCGGCAGUGAUAGUUGACGAUUUUGGCGGCUUCUUUGAUGAGCGGUAUAUAGUCUACCUGUUCAUGCGCUCAUGUAGCAGGCUAUCAUCAUCAUCAACAUUAUUAUUAUGAAUUUCUAUGAGAAUAUCUCAUGGUGAUGUGGGCUUAUUUAAAUGGCACGGGAUUCUCCAAAACCAAGGGCCCAUAGGAACAUAUCGUGCCCAUUUAUUUGUUCAUAUGAUCUUCAAGAACGGCGAAACCUUUUAGCGAUGAAAUCAAUCUGAAAUCGAUUCUUAGAGGGUAACCUGUGGCCAAGUGACAGUCACCUCUUGACCAAUAUCUGACUGAACUCUUCGAGGGUCCUGAAAGUCAACACUCGUGGUGGUUCCUGACGGAUCUCCACCACUAAUCUUUUCUCGCGCAGGAGCUGUCAGGAUAGAUAUGGAAACCAAAGAGGUAGAGACAUAGCCAUGGUGCGCACCUUGUCCCUGGGCUGGGAUGCCGUGUCUCACGCCAAGUAAGAAUUCCUCCCGCUAUACUACCCACAUAAUUAUUUUGAUUAGAUCGCCACAUACUACUUCCUCGUCCCAAAUUGCAGUAAAAGCUCGGCGGAACCCUGCAAGAUCCUGCUGGCCGAUACCCACCAAGGGGACAACCCCAGAUUGCUGUUCAUUUAUAAGCGGUGGAUUCCCUGCAUCUUCACCAUCAAAGGUCUGGUUUUUUAUUCACAGAAGGGCCAACCUCCACUUUCCAUUCAAUCUCUGACAUGUUGUGAAGCUUCCAGCUGAAGCAGAUGGUUCGGGUUCGUUCACUCUGCGGAAGUCUAGCGUCUCAGUGAAACCUUCUUCAGAAAAAGGGAGGGCGGCUGAGUACUCCAUCGCGCUUCAGUAUUUGGUGUUGCAGAGGAUGAUCGACGACUGA